AGGGGAGGGCAAGGUGGAGAGGCAGUAUCGCAUGGGUUGUGGGGAGUGCGGGGUGAUGGUGGCUUAUCGGAGCGAGGAGAGCAUGGAGAGCACCAAAUUCGUCUACAUUCCUGCUGACGCUCUCACUGACGCCACUGCCGACACCAAGCCUAAGGAUGCGCCAGUACCCCCGUGCAUUCAGGAGCUGGACAGCGGGUUGGUGCAGGUGGCAAUAGAGGUGGAGGAUAGAGCUCAGCGUUCUGCUGUACUUCGCAUCAAUGCAGACGAUGUGCGAGUGGCAGUGACAGCAGCUGCGCACAGGGGCAAUGAGGCCAGUGCAGAGCUCAUGGAGUUUCUCGCCAAGACGCUGGGGCUACGUCUGGUGCAGCUGAGACUGCAGCGAGGGUGGUCGCACAAGUCCAAGAUGCUCAUGGUAGCGCUUGCACUCAGUGCAUCGGAGCUGCAGCGAUCCUCCAAGGCCAAGAUGCUCAUGGUAUGUCUUGCAGCAGCAGCAGCUGUAACCAUGUAUAACCGUGAAUUUGCUUCCUCCGCCUUUUCCAUUCUCAAUUUCCUAGCCACGCUCUACGGCCUCUACACCUUCCUGCGCCUCGUGUAUGUGAAGCUGCCGUGCAAGCCCAUGGGCAACAAGGGCAAGGGCCCACUCUAUGAAUACUCCGCGCUCUCCAACCUGCCCAUACUGAGGCCCACGCUCUACGGCCUCUACACCUUCCUGCGUCUCGUGUAUGUGAAGCUGCCGCGCAAGCCCAUGGGCAACAAGGGCCCGCUCUACGAGUACUCCACGCUCAUGGCCAUCUACGGGCUCUUCGCCCUCAACUCCUGGCUCUGGAGCGCCAUUUUCCAUGCCCGGGACGUCUGGGAGACACAGUCAGGGGAUUACACAUCAGCCAUCGCUCUCAUCGGCAUUUCGCUGCUCGUCUGCAUCAUCCGAAUCAGCAGCCUGAGGGAGGAGGCCACACGCGUCAUGGUGGCAGCGCCUGUGAUCGCCUUCACCACCACUCACAUAUUCUACAUGAACUUCUACACUUUCGACUUUGAUUGGAACAUCGUAGUGUGCACUUCCAUGGGAGUCACACAGCUGCUGCUCUGGACCAUCUGGGCCAUUGCCAGCCGGCACCCGUCCGCCUGGAAGGUUCUCUUUGUGUCGGGCGGCACAGCCUUUUCCUUACUGCUCGAGCUCUACGAUUUCCCGCCGAUUUUGGGCCUUUUUGACGCGCACUCACUGUGGCAUGCGGCAACAGUGCCGUUUACGCUGGUGUGGUGGAGUUUUCUGUGUGACGACGCGAGUUACCGCACGGAGAUCCUGCUCGGGAUGAAGAGGGCAGGGGUAGAAUCGAAGAAGGUGAGAUAG